CGUUAUGUUAAUGCAAAGUAGCUUGCGAUAACAUUUUGACGCAUGUUUAUUGUUUACAAUAACACCAUAAGCGACUCUGAAGAUAUUUAAAUCGGCUCCGCUUGUGAAUUUAUGAUGAUCGGUAAAAUGGCUAGCGCAGCUAAGGGACUGUUACGAAAGGAGAUUGCUAAGAAGCUGGAACUCAUACCCAUUGAAGAAAGAAAACGCCAAUCGGAAAUUGUUAAAGAAAAGUUAUUUAAUUUACCAGAGUUUCAGAAGUCGAAGAGAGUUUCUGUAUUUUUAAGUUUGGAUACUGAAAUUGAUACGGAACCAAUUGUAAGGAAGAUAUUUGAAGAUGGAAAAGAAUGUUUUGUUCCUAGAUACAGUAAAGCUGGCAUGCAAAUGGUAAAACUGAAAUCAAUGGAAGAUUGGGAAACUUUACCCGUAACAAAAUGGAACAUUAAACAACCAUCCCUAAAGGAUAACAGGGAAGACGCUUUACAAACUGGUGGAUUAGAUUUUAUUGUAUCACCUGGUGUGGCAUUUACCAAGAAGGGUGGACGCUUGGGACAUGGUGGGGGAUACUACGAUCGAUUUUUUAAACAAGUUAGAAGUGGUCAAUCUCAUCCUGUACAUUUUGUUGGUGUAGCCUUUAAAGAGCAGAUUCUCGAAGAAAUUCCAUUAGAAGAGACUGAUGUUAUUAUCGAUAAAGUUUUGUAUGCAGAUUAAUGUUUAUAAUCAAAAUAAAACUCUUAUCUACACUUGUA